ACAUCCGAUAAAAUUGGAACGAUACAGAGAAGAUUAGCAUGGCCCCUGCGCAAGGAUGACACGCACAAAUCGAGAAAUGGUCCAAAUUUUUUUGAACCCGAAAACUGAAACACGCUUAUGAAUUUGUUCGCAAAUUUCUCCAUAAAAUUGCAAUAUUUUCAGCUGGUUGUGCUAAACUUUGAGUUUUUUCUGCUCCGUAGCUCUACUGAAUCUCAGAACAGAUAAGCUUUGAAGGUAAACAUCUGGAAUAAGCUGUUGUUUGUUUCAACACAUUAAGUUGUGAUCCAAUGUUAUCACAUAAGGCUGUCAGGAAAUUUUCGAGGUUGAGAUUUGGUGCUUGCAGUGUAUUUGGUAAUGAUAUUCUAGGCAGUGUUCCUGAAAUGGAACUCCAAAAUUUCAAGGGUGAACAAGGGAAGCGGUUCUCUUCGAGUAAAAUGGACAGGGAGGAAGACAAUGGAAGAGUAUAUCUAUGGCAAAGGCAAACGAAUAGAGUUUCACAUAAUCCUGCCUUUACCCGAGAAACUAGUGUUACUGGAACCACACAUAAUGCUUUCCAUAUGUUGCAUCAUUGUUAUAGCACACAACUGAAUCCACGACAUGGUGUAGGCUUAAAUAAGGUAUUGGGAUCUUUGCCUGAAUUUGUGAGGAUAGUAGAAGUAGGUCCAAGAGAUGGGUUGCAAAAUGAAAAGGAGAUCAUAUCUACAAGUGUGAAAGUUGAACUAAUACAAAUGCUUGUUUCUGCGGGGCUGGAAGUCGUCGAAGCUACUAGUUUUGUGUCACCGAAGUGGGUACCACAGGUAUUCAGUCUUGCUUGUAGUCAGUGCAUGAUCAAUGGUUUAUUGUACUAUUUUCUGAGGAAUAGAAUUGUCCUUGCACUACUUGCUGAUGCAAAGGAUGUAAUUCAAGCAAUUCAAAACAUUGCAGGCGUGCGAUUUCCAGUUUUGACACCAAAUCUGAAAGGUCUUGAGGCUGCUGUGUCGAGUGGGGCCAAGGAAGUUGCAGUAUUUGCUGCAGCUUCUGAGUCCUUUUCUCGGUCAAACAUAAAUUGUAGCAUUGAAGAGAGUCUCGCUCGUUAUCGUGAUGUUGCUCUUGCUGCUAAAAAUCAUUCCAUUCCUGUUCGUGGAUAUAUAUCGUGUGUUGUAGGAUGUCCAGUGGAAGGAGCAGUACCUCCUUCAAAAGUGGCAUAUGUUGCUAAGGAACUUCUAAAUAUGGGCUGCUUUGAAAUUUCUCUCGGUGAUACAAUUGGGGUUGGUACUCCAGGUACAGUCAUUCCCAUGCUUGAAGCCGUGAGCGAAGUUGUUCCCGUGGAGAAGCUUGCUGUCCAUUUUCACGACACUUAUGGCCAAGCUCUGUCUAACAUUCUCGUGUCAUUACAGAUGGGAAUCGGCACAGUGGAUUCCUCUGUAUCCGGGCUUGGAGGUUGUCCAUAUGCGAAAGGUGCAUCAGGGAACGUUGCGACUGAAGAUGUUGUAUAUAUGCUGAAUGGACUCGGAGUGAGGACAAACGUUGAUCUCCAAAAGCUCAUGCUGGCAGGGGACUUCAUCUGCAAGCAUUUGGGCCGGCCUUUGGGUUCCAAGACCGCAAUCGCCCUCACCAGACGCACACCACCUCAUACUUCCAAACUUUAAAAGUGACAGAAAAGAUGGAACAAAAUACAAACCCAAUGGAAGAUUGAGUUACCAUGAAGUGCUAAGCAGAAGGUAAUUUUGUGCUUUUAUGGUCAUUGUAUUUUGUGGGCGGAUUCAUGCUAACAGACAGGUCACAUGGACUGGGAGUUUUCUUGAGAUAGAAUUUGUGUGUCAGCUCUCCUUCAAGACUCUGUGCAACACAAUAAAUUGAUGAAAUAAUAUAUUCAACUUGGUCUGUUCAAGACCAAA